CUAGAACCUGAGAGAGUUCAUUAGCCCUGGGCACUUAUCUUGGAGCCACAGCUGCUGACAGAGUCCAGACCCUGUACUCUGCUGCUCUGCUGCCCUGAGCCUGCAGUGCCAUGGGGAACUGUCUGCACCCGGUGGAACGCUUUUCAGUAGACAACAGCAGAACUCAGUUUACGUUCGAAAACUGGAAUUAUUCGUAUGAAGAUAACGCCUCCUAUGAACUCACAGAUGACUACAACCUGACAGGAGCGGCUCCCUGCUACUCCUGUAACCUGCUUGACAGUUCUUCCCUGCCCUUCUUCAUUCUCACCAGUGUCCUGGGCCUGCUGGCAAGUGGCGGCAUCCUCUUCACAAUUCUCCGACCUUUCUUCCACUGGCAGAUUUGCCCCAGCUGGCCCAUUCUGGCACAGUUAGCAGUGGGCAGUGCCCUGUUUAGCAUUUCGGUGACCAUCCUGGCACCAGGCUUGUACAGUGCCCAUAGUACAGCCCUGUGCAACCUGGGCUACUGGGCCUGGUAUACUGCUGCUUUUGCUCAGGCUCUGUUCAUAGGAUGCUAUGUCUUCCUCAACCCCAGCCUGAAUAUUGUUCAAAUCCCUGGCCUCACCUUGGGACUCACUGUAGGACUUUGGGGAGCAGCUGCUCUCUUAGGGCUGCCAGUCGCCCUGGCCAGUGAUGUUUAUGAUGGCCUCUGCACCCUUCCAUCCUAUAGGAAUCUGGAAACUUUGAAGUACAUACAUUCUGCCAUCUGUUUUACCAUCUUCACGGUAUUGCCACUGACUCUUUUGGCAGCCAAGGGGCUGAAGACAGCAUUGGGCAAGGGGCCAGGCCCCUGGGUUAGUGUCCUGUGGCUCUGGUUCAUUUUCUGGUGGCCUCAUGGGAUGGUUCUCAUGUUUGAUGCCUUGGUGAGGUCAAAAGCCAUGCUUUUGCAAACAUGUCAAUCCCAGAAGAUGCUUGACGUGAUGCUGGACGUGGCGGAAGCCCUGGCUAUGCUGCACUGUGUGGCUACACCACUGCUUCUGGCCUUGUUCUGCCACCAGACCACCCGUAGAUCCUUGCCCUCUCUGUCCCUCCCUGCAAGAUAGGCUUCUCAAAUGGAUACCCUUGCAGGCAACUCGUAGUUUGUUUUUUUUUUCUUCCCCACAUGUCAACUUAAAUUAAAGUCUAUACUGCUUUUGUGAA